GUUCGGGUGAAUGAGCCAGUAGAGUUGGUAAAACAUUUUGAUUCUAAUCAUAUAUCAAAACUUGUUAAGGGAAAUUUAAUUCAUAUGAUAAUAGCUGGUGGUCUUUGUGGGCACAUAGCCCAAGAACUUUGAAAAUACGCUCCGAAAAAGGAGGGAGAGAGAGACGAGGAAGAUGAAGAAUCAAACACAACAGAGACAAAAGACAAUCUUAUCCUCCUAAAUUCUCUCUCUUUUCUCUUCUUUCGUAGGAACAACUUCUCUCCCUCCUGUUAAUCCCGCCGUUUCUUACAUUUUCCUCUGUUUUUUUCCCGGGAAACAGAAGGAAAAUUUUCGUUUUUUUUUCUUCUUUUUCCCGGAAGAAGAGAUCUUUGUGAAUUAGGUAGCUGCCCACAUCUUUAAGACUUGUCUCGAGGUAUAAAGAUUAUAUCUUUUCUUCAAAAUAUACCUUCUUUGUGUCUUCUUACCUUCUCUGUUUGGCUAUGCCAAAACUUUCGUGCAUCUGUUUAACAGCAACGUUGUUUAUUCCAGCUGGCGUGGCUUCAUUCUUCCGGUUAAUUCAAUUGGAGAAUGCAACAAAGGUUACUGCUUUUAUUAGAUUCUAAAGCUAGGGUUUUUGGGAACGUGCUUAAUCUGUCUGUAUCUUAGCAUUUGAGAUUGGGUUUUUGGGUAUAAUAACCUAUUAUGGAUUCAGAAUUGAGUUUUUCUUCGAGGGAUGUGGUGAAUUGCUGUGAAUAUGGUUGUGAUUAUUCUCUUGGGGCAUGUUCUUCAGAUCCUUUGGCUAGGACGGUGAAAAGAAAGUUCAACGAAUUCAAAGAAGGGAACAACAUGAUGUUGUUACGAGGUUCUUCUGAUUCAUCUUCUUCAAACGCUAAGAUACUAGUUGAGAAUGAAUGUGCAGCUUUACUUGAGGCUCUUUCUAGCCAAAGGGAAACAGUUAAAGAUCUUCAUUUAGAGCUUGAAGAGGAGAGAAACGCUGCUGCAUCUGCAGCUAAUGAGACUAUGUCGAUGAUACUGAGGUUGCAGAGAGAAAAGGCUGAGAUUCAGAUGGAAGCUCGGCAAUUCAAAAUGUUUGCUCAAGAGAAAAUGACACAUGACCAAGAAAAGCUCUCGGUUUUGGAGAAUUUGUUGUAUGAGAAAGAACAAGCUAUCGAGGCAUUGACUUAUGAGGUCGAAGCAUACAAGCAUAGAUUGUUGAGCUAUGGGGUAUCUGAAGCUGAGAUACAUGAUCAGAUACUUGGUUUUGGCAGAGACUCUAGCACGGUUGGCUUUGAUGUUUACCCUUGCGAGUAUACUUCUUUGGAAUGUAGUGUGGAUGAGAACCCGAGUGGACCAGAUGGUAACUUUGAGAUUGAAGAAAAGGUGAUGGUUGGUCAGUCUCCAAGAUGGCCAUAUUAUGAUCCCAAUUCGCCUUUAGGAACUGCAAAAGAUAUUAAGGGGGCAUCUUUCGCAGACUCUCCUAUGUCUAGUAGUAGCGACCGAGUUUAUACUAUCGACUCCAUUCACGUGGGAGUUUCUGAAGUUAAGAUUGACGAUGAGCCUAAUAAGAUGAGUAAGGGAAAGUUAAAUGGUGAUCACUGGAACUCUCCAAGAUACCAAGAACCGUUCACGACUCAGCAGGGAGUUAACGAGCCAGAUAUAGAGAAGCUUUACACAAGGCUUCAAGCACUUGAGGCAGACAGGGAAUCACUGAGACAGAUCAUUGUGUCGAUGCGGACAGACAAAGCUCAGUUGGUGUUGCUGAAAGAAAUCGCACAGCAUUUAACAAAGGAAACCGGCGCAACAAGCAGGCGAAACCCUGUUAGCAAAAUGCCAUCUCUUAAAGUAUUCUCUGUAGUAACGGUCUUCAAGUGGAUUGUGUCUUUCGUUUCGUGGAAAAGGAAAGCCAGACAAAACAAGUAUGUUUAUGAGUUGUCAGCAAAUAAUAUGGGGAUGCUUAUGAUUCUAGGCGAGGGAUCUGGAACUAGGAGAUGGAGAUGUUUAACGAGUUCACAUGUCUAGAUUUCCAUUUUUUUAUCAGGCUUCUUUGGCGUAGUUAGUGCAAAACAAAUGUACAUUGCUCUGCACUCCAAUCAAAUAUGUAUGUUGGAUGAUUCAGAAUCUGGUUGAAUAUGUUAAAAGAAUCUCCUUUUCUUUUUUUGGCUCUUGCAUAUCCUCAAGCCAAGAUCAUAAGUCAUAACAGGGUCUGACAAAGAGAAAUCACUAUAUGAUGCGUUUAAGA